CGUAAACAUGGCGGUGAGCCUCCGCGCCCGCUCGCUGAGGCACCUCCGCAUUCGAGGUCGCAACGACAGCGGCGAGGAGAACGUCCCCCUCGAUCUCAGCCGAGAACCCUGUGAUAAUAUGAGAGAGAUUCUUCAAAAUGUGGCCAAGUUACAAGGCGUAUCAAAUAUGAGGAAACUAGGUCACUUGAACAACUUUACUAAGCUUCUUUGUAAUACUGGCCAUGCUGAAGAAAAGCUAGGUUUUACAUACGACAGGAUCAUAAUAUGCUUGCGGUUAGCUUUACUAAAUGAAGCAAAAGAGGUGCGAGCAGCAGGAUUGCGAGCCCUUCGCUAUCUCAUUCGAGACUCUAGUAUUCUCCAGAAGGUGCUGAAGUUGAAAGUGGAUUACCUGAUUGCCCGGUGCAUUGACAUACAGCAGAGUAAUGAAGUAGAAAGAACACAAGCACUUCGCUUAGUCCGAAAGAUGAUCACUGUGAAUGCUUCAUUGUUCCCCAGCUCUAUUACUAAUUCUUUGAUAGCAGUUGGAAAUGAUGGUCUUCAAGAAAGAGACAGAAUGGUUCGAGCAUGUAUUGCCAUUAUCUGUGAACUAGCACUUCAGAAUCCCGAGGUGGUGGCUCUUCGGGGUGGCUUAAGUACCAUCCUGAAAAAUGUGAUUGAUUGUCAGCUGAGUCGAAUAAAUGAAGCUUUGAUAACUACUGUUUUGCACCUCAUUAAUCAUCCAAAGACCCGUCAGUAUGUGCGAGCAGAUGUAGAGUUAGAGCGAAUUUUAGCUCCUUACACAGAUUUUCACUACAGGCAUAACCCAGACACGGCAGAAGGACAGCUCAAAGAGGACAGAGAAGCACGGUUCCUAGCUAGUAAAAUGGGAAUUGUGGCAGCAUUUCGAUCAUGGGCAGGUAUUAUUAGUCUGUGCAAACCUGGAAAUUCUGGGAUUCAGUCUCUCAUUGGGGUACUUUGUAUACCAAAUAUGGAAAUACGGCGAGGACUGCUUGAGGUUCUCUAUGACAUUUUUCGUCUUCCUCUCCCUGUUGUUGCAGAAGAAUUUAUUGAGGCACUUCUUAGCGUAGAUCCAAGCAGAUUUCAGGACUGCUGGAGACUGUCUGAUGGCUUUGUAGCUGCUGAAGCUAAAACUAUAUUACCCCACAGAGCCAGGUCACGGCCUGAUCUCAUGGAUAAUUAUUUGGCUUUAGUGCUUUCAGCUUUUAUUACCAAUGGACUUCUAGAGGGUCUUGUAGAGGUGAUCACCAGUAGUGAUGACCACGUGUCUGUUAGAGCAACAAUCCUUUUGGGAGAACUUCUGCAUAUGGCAAACACGAUUCUCCCUCAUUCUCACAGUCAUCACCUGCACUGCUUACCAACGCUAAUGAAUAUGGCAGCAUCUUUUGACAUCAUGAAAGAGAAGAGAUUACGAGCAAGUGCUGCACUAAACUGCUUAAAACGAUUUCACGAGAUGAAGAAAAGAGGACCUAAACCUUACAGCCUUCAUUUAGAUCAUAUUAUACAGAAAGCAAUCUCAACCCAUCAAAAAAGGGAUCAAUACCGUGUGCAGAAAGACGUUGUUAUUUUAAAGGAUACAGAAGAAGCACUGGUCAUGAAUCUGCGAGACAGCCAGGUUCUCAACCAUAAGGAGAAUCUUGAGUGGAACUGGAAUCUGAUAGGGACCAUACUGAAGUGGCCAAAUGUAAAUCUAAGGAACUAUAAAGAUGAACAAUUGCACAGGUUUGUAAGGAGAUUGCUAUAUUUCUAUAAACCUAGCAGUAAACUUUAUGCCAAUCUGGAUCUGGACUAUGCCAAGGCUAAGCAGCUCACUGUAGUGGGUUGUCAGUUUACUGAAUUUCUUCUUGAAUCAGAAGAGGAUGGACAAGGUUAUCUGGAGGAGCUGGUUAAGGAUAUUGUUAAUUGGCUCAACUCUUCAUCAGGAAUGAAACCUGAACGAAGUCUUCAAAAUAAUGGGCUACUAAAUACCCUUAGUCAACACUAUUUUCUGUUUUUUGGUACUCUUUCUUGUCAUCCUCAUGGAGUCAAAAUGCUUGAAAAAUGUAACGUGUUUCAGUGUCUUCUUAAUCUUUGUUCUUUGAAGAACCAAGAUCAUUUGUUAAAACUGACUGUUUCUAGUUUGGAUUACAGCAGAGAUGGCUUAGCAAGAGUCAUCCUGUCUAAAAUUCUGACAGCAGCUACGGAUAGCAGCAGGCUGUAUGCAACAAAACACUUACGAGUAUUACUGAGGGCGAAUGUAGAGUUCUUCAGCAACUGGGGGAUUGAGUUACUGGUGACCCAGCUACAUGACAAAAAUAAAACUAUUUCUUCUGAGGCACUUGAUAUUCUAGAUGAGGCAUGUGAAGACAAGGCCAAUCUUCAUGCCCUUAUCCAAAUGAAACCAGCUCUAUCUCACCUUGGAGACAAGGGUUUGCUUCUACUCCUGAGGUUUCUGUCCAUUCCAAAGGGGUUUUCAUAUCUGAAUGAAAGAGGUUACGUAACAAAGCAAAUGGAAAAAUGGCAAAAGGAGUACAACUUAAAGUACGUUGAGUUGAUUGAAGAACAACUAAAUGAAGCACUUACAACGUAUCGCAAACCUGUUGAUGGUGAUAACUAUGUUCGUAGGAGCAACCAAAGAUUACAGCGACCACAUGUCUACCUGCCAGUUCACCUUUAUGGCCAACUGGUGCACCAUAAAACAGGCUGCCAUUUAUUGGAGUCUCAGAGUAUUGUUACAGAUCUGAGUUACACUGUUCGUUCCCCAAUGCUGGAUAAGUGGGAAGGAAUCAAGCAGCUGAAAGCAGCCCUUUGGGCCUUGGGUAACAUUGGAUCAUCAAACUGGGGUCUUAACUUGCUUCAAGAGGAGAAUGUAAUUCCAGAUAUAAUGGCACUUGCCCAACAUUGUGAGGUUCUCUCCGUUAGAGGAACCUGUGUCUACGUGCUUGGUCUAAUAGCCAAAACUAAACAAGGAUGUGACAUUUUGAAGCAUCAUAACUGGGAUGCAGUAAGACAUAGUCGUAGACAGCCUUGGCCGGUGGUUCCUGAUGACAUGGAGCAGCUCUGCAAUGAACUUUCUUCUAUACCCAGCACUCUUAGCUUAAACUCUGAGUCCACCAGUUCUAGGCAUAACAGUGAAAGCGAAUCUGCACCUUCCAGUAUGUUCAUCAUGGAGGAUGAUCGUUUUGGUAGUACUUCCACUAGUACAUUUUUCCUAGAUAUUACAGAAGAUGGAGAACAAAUAUUUUACGACAGACCUGGGCCUUCAAAGGAGAAAGACCGUAGUCCUUUUCCCUUUUUUUCAUCAAGCAGAAUUGUGAAAAAUCGCAUUCUAAACUCUCUUACUCUACCUAAUAAAAAACACAGAAGUAGCAGUGAUCCAAAAGGAGGAAAGCUGACAUCAUCUGACAGUAAAUCAAGUCUGAGGCGGAAUCGUACCGUAACAGAGCCUUCCUUAGACUUUCCUUCUGGAGAGGAAUUCAACCCUGUUUUCAGAGUUCCAAAAAUUCAGACUUUACCAACAGAAACUUCCAUGUGCUUACUUCCAACAAAAGAGGAUACUGAUAGUACCCCAAGUAUUGGAGAAAAUGAUUUGAAGCUGCCGAAAGGUCUUGGAAAUGAAAUUCACCGAGAAAACACAAGCAGAGAAAGGCUAAUAGGGGAUGGUACUACACAAACACAUUUCAAGAGUCGUAGUUUAAGUUUUAAUACGGAUACAACAACAAGUGGCAUAAGUUCAAUGAGUUCUAGUCCUUCAAGGGAGACUGUAGGUGUGGACAGUACAAAUGUAGACACUGACUGUGGAAGUUUGAGUACUGUGGUAAGCACAAAAACAGUUAAACCUAGUCACUGUUCGACACCACAGUCUAACCAUCUGCCUCUCUCAAAAUCAAACUCUGUGUCUCUGGUACCACCGGGGUCUUCUCAUACACUUCCACGGAGAGCCCAGUCUCUUAAAGCUCCUUCUCUUGCUACAAUAAAAAGUCUUGCUGACUAUAAUUUCAGCUACACAAGUUCUCGAGAUGCCUUUGGUUAUGCUACACUAAAACGCUUACAGCAACAGAGGAUGCAUCCUUCACUGUCUCAUUCAGAAGCUUUAGCAUCUCCAGCAAAGGACGUGCUUUUUACUGACACUAUUACCAUGAAGUCUGGCAGCCUGGAUUCUCGGCUAACCCCAAGCCGAUUCAUGAAAGCUUUAAGUUAUGCUUCGUUAGAUAAGGAAGAUUUAUUAAGUCCUAUUAACCAAAACACACUUCAGCGUUCUUCCUCUGUUCGUUCCAUGGUUUCUAAUGCUACAUAUGGAAGCUCUGAUGAUUACAUUGGCCUUGCUCUCCCAGUGGAUAUCAAUGAAAUAUUUCAGGUAAAAGAGACUCCAUAUUUCCAGAAGAAAACUACACCUCCAUUUGAUGACCAUGGAGCAAGAGUUUUUGCACCUGAGGCAGGAGGUCUUCCAUCAGGCACUAGUGACUCUGUCAAAAGUCCUUUUCAGAUGCUCCGACAGCAGAUCAGUCUCACAGAAAUAAUGAAUACCAGCCGUUCAGAUGCCUCUCAGUUUUUAGAAAAUACAGAGGAUACUGGAUUACAGGAGCACACAGAUGAGAACUGCCUUUAUUGUGUCUGCAUUCAAAUUUUGGGUUAUCAGCCUAAUAACAAAGUGAACUCUUCAUAUAAUCGUACAGAUUUCUCAGACAUUCCAUAUACUGACUGGUGUGGGCAGACCAUACACAAUCACUUAGAUGUGCAUUCCUCCAAAUUUUCUGGAAUUUCAGGCUGUAGUGAUGCAGUAUCCCACGGUUCAGCCAGCAGCACCAAGAGUACAGAGCUUGUACUAGGAGUAAAAUCAAUCCCAGAUGAUACGCCAGUGUGCAGAAUACUUCUCCGGAAAGAGGUCUUACGUUUAGUAAUCAAUUUGAGUAGUUCAGUGGGAACUAAGGGCCAUGAAACUGGACUCCUGACAAUUAAGGAGAAGUAUCCUCAAGCAUUUGAUGACAUAUGCCUGUAUUCUGAGGUGUCCUACCUGUUAGCACAUUGUACAUUUCGACUCCCAUCCAGAAGGUUCAUUCAGGAGUUGUUUCAAGAUGUGCAGUUCUUACAGAUGCAUGAAGAGGCAGAGGCUAUUUUAGCAACACCAACAAAGCAACCAGUAACUGAUGUAUCAGCUGAAUCCUGACCUCUGUCUCACACAGUUAAUUGCAUACAGGCUUCCUGGAAUUCUCAGACAUCCUCCAAUUGAGCGGAUAAUAAAGUUUGGAGCAUCAUCUUUUAGACUGUUCCAGAAGCUACUGGUACCUGAAGAACGAACUGAAAAACCUUUUCUUCCUCAACCAAUUACUGCCCUAGUCUAUGGAGUCCCUUGGGGAUUUAUUAAACAUUAUGUAGUUCUAAUAAUAGUAAUUAUCAGUAUAUGCAAGAGCCGAGCACUGAACACCUCCACAAGUUUUCAUUUCAUUUUUUACCUUAAAUUUAAAAAAAAAAAAAAAAAAAAAAAAAAACAGAACAACACACAGAGACACCUAUGAUUGACUUCUAAUUCUGUUCUGGAGAAGCAGAAUUAUGCCUUGCUUUUUUUUUUUUUUUUUUUUUUUUUUCUUCUUUCUAUUAUAAAACCCCAGGAGUUGGAUGAGGGUGCAUUCCGUUGCCAGCAAUGGGGAGCUGUGCUGUGAUUGUGGACAGCAGGGGAUAAAUGUUAGAUCUUUUCUGUUGAUUUUUGUACUGUUUAUAACACUACUUGGGGGGUUUGUAACUUCAGACAGAAAGAAAAGCCUCUGAAUCUGAGGUUCCUUUAAGUUAUUUUAAUGUUACUGUAGUUGUAAGUCAUUUUAUUAGCAAUCUCUCCAUUUUCAUUACAUUUACAUACAUGUAUCUUAUCUGAACCAUUUAAGGAUUUUCACUACAGUUUGAUUUAAAAAUAGAAAAUCAUUUAAAGUUAAAAUGCUGAAGUCAAAUUGUUUUCCCUGAAUGAUAUGCAUGCGUUUGCAGUUUCUAUGCUCAUGCUCAUAUAGUGUGAAUGUUGGUCUUAUUCUUAACUAAAAACCUUUAACAGGCAUGAUUUGUAUCAGAUAAAUGAAUAUUGUAUAAACUAGACUUGAAGACAUUUAAUCAUUGCUGCUUUUGUGAGAAGGCAUAAGAGCGGUUUUCCAAAUUCCAUGAGAACAGCCUUUUAUAAAAACAAAGGUUUGAUUGAGUUUUCAGUGGAUGAGCGGUCAAGCAUCAGACAGUGCUAAUAAUUGUAGUGAAAAGCCUUAAGUACCAAACUUUGAAGCAACAGAACUUAAAAUUUUAUGUUGGUAUUUGAGACUUGUGAAAGUUAUAUGAUACAGUGACUGUUAAUGAGGAAAACACAUGCCUCUAACAACCUGGUGAAGUUUCUAAAGUAAAAAGUGCAAUCCUAAUGGAGAAGAAAAAUAUAGGAGUCCCAUCACUUCUAUAACGCAUCUAAAAAGUCAGAAGCCUUCAUACAAGGGUAAUAAAAAUAUAUGCAAAUGUGUAUAUAUACAGUAGCAUGGCCACCUUUGUUAGAAUGACUGUAAUAGAAGGGGUUACCCUUUGAUUUUGAUAUAGGUGAAUAAUUCAGCUGGACUGUACUAAGUAGAACGUAUUUUUAUCCAUUCACUUUUACCAUUUUUAUAAUUAUCAGAUUAAUACUUAAGUGAAGAUAAGUGAAAUUUAUAAGAUAAGUGAUACUCAUAACCAUAUUCUUACUAGCUAUGCUACUGGGGGUUUCAGUAAGUUGUCUCGUGAGCAGUAGAACAUGAAUCCUAAUGACAUUUUAAAAUUUACUUGCUUUUAUUGAAAACUUCAUCUUGCUGCAUAAGCACUGCUUUGCAGAUAUCACUUCACUGAGUUCUUAUAUGCACUGUGUACCAUCAGGAUCUCAUAAAGCAGAUCUGUAAGUUGCUGCUCAUAGCCAAGUCUAGUUCCUAAGAUUCUUCUCGUGAGUUCCCACUGAAAGAAGGGGCAAAUCUUCAGAUUCAAAUAUUUGGUAGUCAGUGACAGAAAUAAUGUAUCAGUGUCAAGAAAUGUUUUGAAAUAUUCUGAAAACAUACCACAUCAGUGAUGGACUUCUCUGGUUGUAAGAAAUCUUCUGUAAAACCAAAAUGCCAACCACAGUAGACCAAAUAGUGGUGUAAACUCCAAAGGAAGUAAUGUAAUUUUCCCAAAAAUGGGGCUGGUGUAUCUUACACAGUAGUUUCAAACACUACCUCAGUUAGGCUAGAGUACAAGAGAUUUGUUUUAGCAACUAGAUGGGGUUACAUCAAACAACUCCAUGUUUUUUUGUGUUUUUUUUUUUUUUUUUUUUCAGUUAAAGCAAAAUAAACAAAUUUUAUCACCUGUAUUUAAAUAAAACACACGUGUUCAUUUGUUACCAGCUUAAUACAUAGCACUUAAAGUAGAAAGCGCAAUAGAAAGGCCUCUGAUUAUAGAAAAAGGUAAGCAAAGCAAUGUCAGUAUACUUUUGAAAGAUUUAGAAUCUUAAAUUUCCUAAUAUACUUGCUUGUAAUGGGGAUCCAAGACUACAGAAACUUGAUGUCUGUAUUAUUGCUGCAAAUUUAGUUAAAAUGAUUUUUUCUAAAAGUGUGUGUGUCAGUAGAUUUCAACAAGUAAACAUAAAGGUUGUAAAGUCUGUACAUAACAUACAUUUCUAGAAUUAAUUUACAUUAAGCUCUUACUAGUGUUUCGUUUUAAUUGGCAAAUGAAGGGAUACUGAUACCUAGUUAUAAACUGUGAAUUUCUAAUUCUAUCAGUUGCUUUUUUUGUUUGUUUGUUUGUUUUAAAUAUCCCUUUUAAAGUUCUUAUUUUGGGGCUUUAUUUGCAUCAUGAUAAAACUUCAAAAGAAAGCUGUGGUAAAUUAAAAAAAAAAAAUGUGUCUAUUAAACCUAAUAAAGAAUCCUUCUAUUUUUCCUAGAAGGGGUAGGAAGGGAAGCUGACAGACCCACUCAUGGUUGGAAUACAGUCGAACAAAUGGUAAAGCAGACAGCGCUCGUUGACACAGAUUCAGUUUGCUGUGGCAAAGGAAACUUGUGACUGCUGAAGUGUGCUCACAUGGGAAAUACUCAGAACAGGUCUGAGGUGGAAGCCUUCGUGGGAGGGAGAGCCUGACUAUGAAACCAGGGCAAUGUAGCCUUCUAAAUUAUCUGACUCACUUUCUUGGUCAUCUUUGGUAGCCAGUGAAAAGGGAGAGCCCUUUUCAAAGGGCAGAGAUGUAAUUCCAGGGCUCUGAGUUAUUUCCUGCUGCUCUGCACUGCACAGGGAGGAGGAGGAAGCUUUUGAUGCCUGAAAUUCAGGGAUGCUGAAUGCUUCCAGCUGUGUGGUUGUCACUUGGAGCUGUAGAUAGUCAGGCUUUGAGGUACUCUAAGCUUGUAUGCUGGACCCUUGGCGUGUUGUGCUGGUGACAGAUGCUUUUCCUUAUCUGGCAGCUCUUAUUUGACCUGACAUAUAGGCCCCAAGUUUUUCCCCACAAGAAACAAUAGCCUGUAGUUCAGGGUGCAGAGGUUGGCACACUGAGGUGAACUGCCCUUAGAAACAUCUUAAAAGGUAGUAGCAACAGUACUGGUCAUUUUCUUGUCAUUUUGAAAUGCAUGUUGUGUCUUGAAUGAGAGUUGUAAUAUGCACUGAGAAGCCGAAGAAAUGUAUGGCGCUCUCACUGCUUCGCAGUGAAGACAGCUAUGUGAGAAACAUUUCAAAAACAAUAGGCAAUUGAAUCCCAGUGAGAAAUCAAAGAGUAGUUGCUGCUUCAACUGCAAAUCUGUGCGCUUGUCUUGAUGGCUGGCGAUUUGGCCUUCAGGAAGGUUAUGUUAACUUGUGAGCAUGAGCUCAAGCUGAGGAAUCACGGUGAAGUUCUUGCCAUGCUUUGGAUCUGCUCGCCUCCUGCUGUGCAGAAGUGCUGUUACUGGGGAUUCUGUGUGAAGGCAGCUGGAAGCCAGUCCUGAACAUUCUUUCUGUUACACUUUGUUAUCAUGUUCUUAUUAAAGGUAUACAAGGUGAGGACAGGACCAGUCCUUUGGGAACAUGGUAGAAACACUGUUUCUAUCUUGGUCAAAGCUCCAGUCUCCCUGUUGUGGUUCGUCUCGUUUGGCUUAAUUUGGUUCUGGUUUGCUGGACAGUUAUUUUCAUUGGCUUUUGUAUGUUCAGUAAAGAAUGUGUAUUUUCUUAGGGCUAUUUUUGUGACAUAGACAAAUAGUAACGCCACAGCAUGCAGAAAUUGCACAUUUUGCUUAAAUUGCUUUGUAAAACACAGUAUUUAAUUUGAGAAAUGUAAUUUAUGCCAUAAAAGUGUAACAUGCCAUUUUGCCACAGAGUAGGUUGUUUCAUCACAAGAUGCAAUAUCUUAGGGAGUAAAGGUAGACAUUUUAUAGGCUUAAUUAAAACAUUGUUCCAAUACUGGGCUGUCAGCAUCCCUAAAACUGCAUUAGAGGAGAUGAUGUAAAUUAAUCAUUCUGAGGAGGGAAGGGAUCAAGGAAAAUCUCUAGACUUACUCUCCCUGCCCCAUGUUGUCUUUAUUUAGUAAUACGCUGCUACAUAUUUGGAGGUUCUAGUGUUUGUAGGUCGCUGAACAGACAUUGAAAUCUGAUUUAUAUUGUAUACCUGUAACAUAGAAAGAAAAAGUAUUUAUAUAUUUUCCGUAAGAAUAUUGCAUUGAGCUGUGUAUAAUUUAAACAGAGGCUUGUCCCAAAAUGGUGUUGCCCACCUUGAUUUUUGUGGUUUUUUCUUUUUUUUUUUUCUUUUUUUUCUUCUUUUUUCUUUUUUUUCUUUUUUUUUUUUUUCUUUUUCUUUUUUUUUGUAUAGUGUGUACAGUUAUGUCUAUGGGCAUUAAAAGCCUCCUGAAGCAUAAUCUUAUCAAAGGGAUGCAUUGUUAAUAAAAUGUACUUAAACUUCUCGUAGUUGUUCUGGUCUCAUAUGUACCUCUCAAUGCUAGAAAUGGAUUAGAAUUUUAUUUAUAUUUGUAUGUUACUAAUUAACUAGAACAAGCUGAAGCUUUCCAAAUAAACAUUUUUUGUCAAA